AUGGCAAGAAUUAAGCGCGGCUUCUCGUUCAGAAAGAGCAAGAGAAAGUUUCCCGAUUCUGGUUCAUCUUCGGACGUGCUAGAUAUUGAAGCAAAGAAGAGAAAACAAGUUUCGGAUCUCAUUAAAGAAGCUCUCAAUGAUGCCAAGAACGGACGAGAUCCAGAUUACAGUAACAUAUCCACUGAAGUUCAAGAAUGGAUUGUACAAGACCGUAACAGAAGAGAAAAUGAUAAUCAUCCAUCAUCAAAUAAUUUUGAAAUGGAUGCUAUAGCGUUAUCGUUACUUCGUUCAUUGCCUCGGGAUUUACUUUAUGAUAUUAUUGACUUUAUUCCCACAUUUUCUACUAGGUAUUGUCUAAGAGCGUCUUUUGAUAACAUCAAACACAAUUCAACAUCAUCAGGAGUAUCUCCAGAGGAUAUCAUGUCCAACCUUUGUGAUCCUUUGCAUCCAAAGGAAUUGAACAAGAGACGUGCGUUUGAUUGUGCCAUGAUUAGAGACAGUAGUUUUAUUACAUUCCACAAGAUGCGUUUGAUUUGCAGAGAAUACGCUGUACGUAUGAAGCACAAACUCUUUUCCUUUGAAAGCAUUGACAUGUCCACGAUCGAUUUGGAUGAUUUUGAGAUUGCAAAAUACUUUUUUGCUUUUAUCAAGAGUCAGUCGCAAUAUUUUGCAAAUAAGGACCAUUCUGACAAUGACCCUCUCAUGUAUCAGUGUGUAUCGACCAUUGAUUCUCUUGUAGACCAAGAAUCAGAGAGUGAGGAAACAAGCUCACAGAAAGACGACGAACCUGUGUUGCAAAAUGGCAAUGUGGACUCUAAAAUGGAUGUCAGUAGUGAUGACGCAACAGUUGUGGAAACCUCAUCUGCCAACAAUGGUGAGGAUACUACCUCUGCAGCAACAGCAUCAUCUUCAAGUGAGGCUGGUAAUAAUUCGAAUGAAAUGAGAGAAAAAAUUGUGUCAAACCUCCAGAAUAUGGCAUUCCUUCAUCCAUUGAGUUGUCAUUCGAUGAGAGGUCUCUACAUUCGAAGUGCUCCCAUUGAGUUAUCAUCCACAGCAGAAAUGUUUGAUCAUCAAGAUGUGAAAACUCCCAAAGUGAAAGAAACUGUUCAAUUCAUUGGAACCAACAAACAUUUGAAAUCCCUAGCUCUUUUCGUUCGAGAUGCUUCAACAGUGCAAGUCAUUCUUCAAUGUUGCUCUGAGUUGACUUCUUUGACAUUUUUUGACGUCUCUCCCGAUCUCAGUGACUUGUCAGCAGGUGUUGAGGAUAAUGAAGCUGGGACAUCCCAAAAAGAAGCAUCCAUUACUUAUCCUUCUUUGAAAACAUUGACUUUGGACAUUAUCAACGAGGAUGUUUACAGCUUUAUAGAUAAUUUUACAUAUAUUCUUGAACUGUUUCCAAAUCUUACACACAUUGUUGUUAACAAUGCAAAUGCUGACUCUGCAGAUUACAUUGACGAGAUUGAAGCACCUGAAAAAAAGAACGCCUCGUUUUAUGUGAAUGGUACCAAGGUUCGUGAUUGCAAUCUUCCAACGAGAGGAAGAAACAAGGCACCACAAGAACGUGUCAUUGUUUACUUUACAACUCUUGCUAAUGCGAACCCUCAACAUUUAGCGGAAAGAUUGUUGAAAUCUGCACUCAACGACAUACCUAAUACCAUCACAGAAGUUUUUAAUUUAGUAUACUUUGAUGAGGUUGCACGAUUGAAACCGUUUAUGGAUUGUCUUUUCAGAGAUGGAUGUUUCCCAAUUGAGCAAGUUGAUUUGACGUACUAUGAAUAUGAACAAAAGCACUACUCACAAAUUCGAGAAUAUCUGGUUUAUCUAGCAAAUACCUAUCAGAAUGGAAGAUUUGCCAACUCUUUUUCUACAUCGAGUGUUUCAGAUGCUUUACGUCUCGGCUUGAAAGUAGAAAAUUGGGACGAAAUCUUGUUUAGAUUACCUCACGACAAUUUGGUUGACGUGUUGGAUCAUGUUAGAUCACAAUAUGGAAAUGACGAGAAAUUUGCAAAAUUGAUACGUGCAGUAAUUUUGAAACAUUUGAAAGAGGUGAAUUAUGAAGCCUCAUGCUCUAUUUUAUUGAAUACUCUCAAGUAUUUGAGUGAACAUACAGAACUAGCUAAAGGAAUUUUUGAGCCUGUCAAGUGUCUUUUCGUGAAGAAAGAUCUCGAAAAAGUCACCACUGAGAAAACCAUGCACAUUCCAUUCAUUUAUUACAUUCUUCCAUUUUCUGAUUAUUUGGUACAGACUUGCAUUUUGAAUUUUAUAUCUCCUGAACAAUUGCUCUACCAAAAUGAAAAUGGUGACACAGGUCUUCAUUGCUUUGCAGCAGCGUCAUCAGAUUUGUUUUUAGAACAAGUACUUGCAAAACAACCAAAGCUUGCACAGGUUGUAAACAAACAAAACAGAGGAAUUGCUUUCAUGUUUGAAAAUGAUAGUGCAGUCUUGUUCCGAUUAGCCAAGAGCUACCAUGCAGAUCUGCUCCAAGAAGAUGUUUUAGGAAAUCAUCCAUGUGAGGGCACUGAAGAAUUGUUAAGUCAGGUGAAAUUGGCGCUCUCGAUUAAGCAAUUGUGA